AACGAAAAGUGCGUAAAAAAAAAAAAACAAAUUGAAAAAUUACAAUUUUACUAUCAACCAAACUGAGUUGCUCAACUUAAUCCCCCCUCCCCAAAAAAAAAAACCAACACAGUAGAUAAAAACAAAAAUUAAUAAAACCAUUUCCAAAAAAUAGCCCCAAAACGAAAUUCGACCAAAAUUUUUCGCUCAUCUUUGUGAAGUGUGUAUAAUUAAUUUCAUACAAAAUUGUCGCCAGGUACGACUAUAAAAUGUUUGAUCCAUUUGUGAAAAUUAAGAAAAAGCGAAAUCUAAAUGUUGUCGAUGUAUUAGAAAGUGUUGGUGAAGUGGACGUCGUCACCGCCGCCGUCGAAACAUCAGAGCAGGCGCACGUUGUGGAGGACAUUGUAUUGGAAGAGCCAGUAGCAGCAGUUGAAGAGCAGCAGGAGCAAGAACAGCAACAGCAGCAGCAGCGCCUGCAACAACAAACGAAGCAACAAUUGUUGCACGACAACGACGCACAGCGAGAGCAACAACCGCUUGAGCAGCAAGAACAGCUGCAACAGCCAUCAUCGUCGCCAUACGCGCAACGUGAACAGCUUGAAAAUUGUUUUUGCAUAAGCGGUGCAGCGCUUAUUGGUGCAGGGGCAGCGUCAGCGUCAGCCACAAACACAACCCCAACUGCAGCGGAAAACUGCAACACCACCGUCACUGUGGCCAGCCCUCCCCUAUCGCCCACGACCACUACAACUGCGGCCACAAUAGCAGCCGCCGCAUCAUCCGCCACAUCACCGCUCUUGGAAGCGAUUGCCAGUAGUAGUAGUAGCAGUAGCAACAACAACAACGGCAGUUCAAAGCAAAUAAGCCGCCAAUUUGCUAGCAGCAGCAGUAGCAACAACAACAACAGCCCGAGUAACAACAAUUGCAGCCGCCUGCAACAGUUGAUUUCUACGCCACCAGUGGCAUUGCGCGGGUUACCUUCAUAUUGCAGCGUUGAUUUGCAGCCGCCGCCGCAACAACAACAACAACAACAACAACAGGCAAAUUUAGGUCUUCAAUCGGCUGCAUUGCCACAGCUGCAGUUGCAUUUGCAACAGCCGCCGCAGCAGCAACAGCAUCAGCAAGCACCUUCGGUGUUGCAGCAACAUUUGGGUCACCUAAAUUUCGAAAGUGGAGCAUCAAGUGGCAGCAGUAGUGCGACUGUGAGCGCCAGCAGCAGCAGCAACAGCAGCAGUAGUAGUAGUAGUAGUACUAGUAACAACAACAAUUGUAGCAGCAGCAGUAGUAGUAGCCUGCGAAGUAGCACAACAACAUUGCAGCGGCACUUGGCCUCGCCAAGCAACAUUCUACAGGAAGCAUUCACCAAUAAUUUGCACAGAAUUUUAAAGCGUUCACAUAGUUCCUCAACGUUGGCGUCCAGCAAUAACAACCACAACAGCACAUCCAACUCUGGCUGCCCACCGUCGCCGCCGUCUUCUUCAGCGAUCUCGAAUUCCAAUUUUGCCGCCCCAUCCUCGGCGUCCGCCUCCUCCUCUGCCUCUCUGUUUGCCAGUGUUUACGGUGGGAGCAGCAGCAGCAGCAGCAGCAACCAUAGCAGUAGCCAACACAAUCAUCACCUCAAUAACAGUAUAAUCGCCAGUCGGCUGUUUGGGCACAGCAGCAGCAGCAACAACAACAACAACAAUUUUAAUCAGAACAACAUUAACAGCAGCCUGCAACAACAACUUACAGCGGCAAGCAGCAGCAGCAGUAGCAGCAGCGUCACAGCUGGCGCUUCAGCAUCUACAUCCAGCAGCAGCAACAGCCAGCACCGCCUGUCGCACCACAAUCAUCACCAUCAUUCCGCGCUGACAAAUUCGAUAACGAAUCGUAUAAACCAAUCGAUACGGCGUCACUUGAAUCAGCAGCAGCAACAACACUUACAACAACAGUACAAUCAGCAAGCGACAAAUAACAAUAGCAACAAUAGCAACAACAAUACAACAAAUAACCACCGAAUACAGCAGCAACAACAGCAACAAAUUCCGCAACAUUCACGUUUCUCGCAACAUUCACACCACCACCACCACCACCAGCAGCCACAACAACAACAACAACAACAACAAAACAAUCAGCAUCACCACUUGCAGCAACAGUUGCAACAAUCAGCGCCGCAUCAUCAGCAUCAACACCAGAGUGGUAGCAGCAGCAGCAACAACAACAACAACAACAACAACAAUCAAUUGCAGCAGCACCAACAACAUCAUAAUCCUCAUCAUCAUAACCAACAACAGCAACACCAACAACAACAACAACAACAACAACAAUCUCCUCUGUGCCUAGUAUUAUUAGUUAAAUGUCCGAAUUCUAAGGAAUUUUGUAACGCCGCUGCCGCCAACGCCGUCGCUGCUGCCGCACAUUUCUGUGAUAAUAAAAGAUUGCCGGUGAACGAAUGUCAGGCAAGUCAAACUGCUAGAGUGACAUCUAACCUGAACGCAUCAAGUAGUACAAUGGCGGUUAGUCGAGUACCAUCGCCACCUUUACAGGAAGUAAAUACACCGGUCGCCGAGAACUGGUGUUACACACAGGUGAAAGUGGUGAAGUUCAGCUAUAUGUGGACCAUAAAUAAUUUUAGUUUUUGUCGUGAGGAAAUGGGUGAGGUACUGAAAUCGUCCACAUUUUCUGCCGGUGCUAGUGACAAACUGAAAUGGUGUUUACGCGUGAAUCCAAAAGGUCUCGAUGAGGAGAGCAAAGAUUACUUAUCGCUAUAUUUACUGUUAGUGUCGUGUAACAAAUCAGAAGUUAGAGCCAAAUUUAAAUUUUCCAUAUUGAAUGCGAAAAGGGAAGAAACCAAAGCUAUGGAAUCGCAGAGAGCCUACCGUUUUGUACAGGGCAAAGAUUGGGGCUUUAAAAAAUUCAUACGACGAGAUUUUCUAUUGGAUGAGGCCAACGGUCUGUUACCCGAAGACAAAUUAACUAUUUUCUGUGAAGUUAGCGUUGUAGCUGAUAGCGUGAAUAUCUCUGGUCAAUCAAAUAUCGUACAAUUUAAAGUACCCGAAUGUCGUUUGUCCGAGGAUUUGGGUGCGCUAUUUGAUAAUGAGAAAUUCAGUGAUGUAACGUUGGCGGUAGCCGGUAGGGAAUUUCAAGCGCAUAAAGCAAUAUUGGCAGCACGAAGUGAAGUCUUUAAUGCUAUGUUUGAGCACGAAAUGGAGGAGCGCAAACUGAAUCGUGUCGAUAUACACGACGUCGAUCAUGAAGUUCUGAGAGAAAUGCUGCGUUUCAUCUACACAGGCAAAGCGCCAAAUUUAGAAAAAAUGGCUGAUGAUCUCCUAGCCGCUGCUGAUAAGUAUGCGCUCGAAAAGCUGAAAGUGAUGUGCGAAGAGGCGCUCUGUCUUAAUCUCUCCGUAGAAACCGCAGCGGAAACUCUAAUAUUAGCCGAUCUCCAUAGUGCGGAUCAAUUGAAAGCACAAACCAUUGAUUUCAUAAAUACUCAUGCCACUGAUGUGAUGGAAACUUCUGGCUGGCAGAGUAUGAUCGCGACACAUUCACAUUUGAUUGCGGAGGCAUUUCGUGCGCUUGCCACACAACAAAUCCCACCAAUUGGACCACCACGGAAGCGUGUAAAAAUGAGCUGAAACCGCAACGGUGCAAAUAGCUAUCACAGCAACACCAACAACAACAACAAAAACAACAACAACAAUAACAAAAAUACAAACAAAAACAAA